AGCGCGGAGGGAGGAAGAAAUAGGAGGGUGGCAAAGGGGAUGUGUCGUCCUGUGCUUCUCUCUCUCCCUUUUUCUCCCCGUCUCUCGAUCAUCUUUCUCUGUCGAUAGCCAUGCAUUCGCCACCUCGACGGCCAGCGAGCGGCCGACCGUCGAGACCUAGUGUUCUUGAGUAAUGGCAAUUUAUGCUUUCCUAAGAGAGCCGUUGGAGCGAAGUGCUGCUAUCCGUCAUCACGGCAAACUGAGGAAGGGGGGGGGGGGGGGGGGGGGGGAGAGGCGGGGUGUAGCAGGAAGUCGAUGGUGAUACUGACUCGGAGAAGCUUGGCGAGAUGGUUUUGAAAGCCAGCCUUAUCCUUGGCGUGAGUCUGGGUUUCCCGCGCAAUUCUCGAGACGGUGAAUCCCGUACUUCUUGCUGCCAGAAUCGGCCCAACAUGCGGGGCCAAUGAGAGAAAAGAAGCUACGCCUUCUAUCGUUUGCCCCUGCCCCCUUCUCUCACUCUCCCCGAAUCUCCUCUUCCGCCUUCUCUUGCGUUUCGGCCAGGUGCACGAUUCGCCGUGCGCCUCUUGCCGGAGUCGGCUGGUGCAGCUUCCUCCCUGCCUGCCCCUCUUGAGGUUCUUCUUUUCUCGUCUUCUCAACGUCCCCAUCGCAGCUGGUGUUGCGCUGAUCCCGACAGCGACUCGGGAAAAAGAAGAUAUGGCGCCCGCGAUAGGAGAAAUCCUGUCGCUUCCCGCUCCCCCGGGCGGGGGAGGCUCUUUGGGGAACGGAAUGAAGUCCGCCGAAAACGACAAAGCAGAGCUGCGCCAGGGGUCCUCGGGGAAGGGAGGGGAUGCAUCGAAGCCAGCUUUGGUGGUCCCCACUUCUACCCGCGCCGUGGGCAUGAUCCAUCCUCCUCCGGACAUUCGCAGCAUCGUCGACAAGACGGCGUCCUUCGUUGCCAGGCUUGGCCCGGAAUUCGAGAAGCGUAUUCUCGCGACGGAAAGAAACAACGUGAAAUUUAACUUCCUUCUGCAGAGCGAUCCCUAUCACGCCUACUACUUGCACAAAGUUAACGAGUUCAAGAAUGCUUUAAGCGCUCCUCAACAAGGAGCGGGUGGAGGGGCGGCGGGUGCGCAGGCAGGAGGUGCCGCUGGUGGCCAAGGAGGAGCAGGAGCGCCAAGCGCCAAGCCUGGUAUAGAUGGCGGUGCGGCUGCUCGCCCCGGCGAUGUCAGGGGAAGUGCACCUUCAGGGGCCGUGGCUGGCGAUGGUGCCGAAGAGAGUCAGGAUGGGGCUACGGUUGUUGGCGCCGCCAAAACGUUAGAGCCUCCGGAAGCGGAGCAGUACACGGUUCGUCUGCCCGAAGGGUUAACUGGGCUGGAUCUGGACAUCAUUAAGUUGACUGCCAUCUUCGUGGCGCGCAAUGGGAAGGCCUUUCUGACGGGCUUGACUAGCAGGGAGCACAUGAACCCGCAAUUCCACUUCUUGAAACCGACGCACAGUAUGUUCACGUUCUUCACCGCGCUUGCUGAUGCCUACUCGAAGGUGCUGAUGCCUCCCAAGGGACUUGCCGAAAAGCUAAGGCGGGACAGCCAGAGUAAGACGGCCGUCUUAGAGAGGUGCUUGCGGCGGCUGGAAUGGGAGAAGUCCCAGGAGAGGGCGCGGCAAAAGGCGGAGGACGAACUGGAGCAGGAGAGGUUCCAGAUGGCGUUGAUUGAUUGGCACGACUUCUACGUCGUCGAAACGAUUCAGUUCAAGGAGGAGGAAGACGAAGAGCUGCCGGCUCCGUUGACUCUGGAGGAGGUGGUCAGGCGGAGCAAGGCGUUGUCGAUGGAGGAUUUCACGGAAGAGGAGGUCCGCGAAGGCAUGGUAGUGACGGGAAGACCAGGGGAGGACAUGGCGAUGGAGAUGGACGAAGACGAGAUGAAGAUGGUGGAGGAAGGAAUGAAGGCAGCGAGCAUUGAGGAAUCGAGGCUACCUCCUCCGCCACCUCCGUCACGACGUCCGCGUCCUCCUCCGGCGCCGCUGGUGGCUGGCAAAGAUCAAGACGAGCAGUCGCCGAUGGAAGUGGAUGGGGUAGCACCAGGGGAGGAAGAGGAGGACAGGGAGGAAGGGGAAGAAGAAGAGGAGGAAGAAGGGGAAGAAGAGGAAGACGAGGAAGAGGAGGAGGAGGAAGAGGAGAACGAAGACGACGAGGAGGAGAAGAAGAAGAAGAAGAAGGAAGCAGAAGCAGAAGCAGCCGCUGCGGCGGAGGAACAGCAAUCGCAACAACCGCGUAAGCCUGAGGACGCAAAGGUGCAUGUUGCUGAGGAUGCCAUAGAUGGCGACGAUAGGCCAAUCAAGAUCGUGUACAACUAUAAGAGGCCGGAAGAGAGGGCGACGGCGGAGAAGGAUCCAACCAAAUAUGUUAUCUCUGCAAUCACCGGGGAAACGAUUCCAAUAUCCGAGAUGGCUGAGCACAUCCGUAUCUCCUUGAUCGAUCCAAAGUACAAGGAGCAGAAGGAGAGGAUGAUGGCCAAGCUGAGGGAGACGACGCUGGCAUCGGACGAAGAAAUCAGCAAGAACAUCGUAGGGCUGGCGAAGACGAGGCCUGACAUCUUCGGGACCACGGAGGAGGAGGUGUCCAGUGCGGUGAAGGCGGAAUUGGAGAAGAAGAAGGAGGAGCCCAAGCAGGUUAUCUGGGAUGGGCAUACGGGGAGUAUAUCGAGGACGGCGAAUGCGGCAAUGGGGCAGGCAUUGUCGCUGGAAGAUCAGAUCGCACAGGCAAACAGGGAGAAGGCGAACGUGGGGCCGGAUGGGCGGCCGUUGCCAGGACCGGCGGCGCCUCCGCCGCCGAAACUGGCACCGCCGCCGUCGCGACCGCUUCCGCCGCCGCCAGGCAUCUCGCUCAACAUUCCCCGCCCGCCGACUAUGUCGUCGCAGAAUCACCCGCCGCCGGUCAUGUUACCCGUCGUCGGAAUGGGAAAUAUGAACGUCGUUCGCCCGCCGUUGAUGCCGCCGCCGCUCGCGCGCCCGCCUACCCCUGUUCUUGCGACACCCCCCCCAACUGUGGUGAAUCCCACUCCGUUAAUUCGCACGCCGCCAAUGGCGCCCCCGCCCCCGCCGGGGGCGGCGGCCGCACUCAGCGCCGCACAGAUGCAGUUCUCUUCCUUGGCCGCUGUCCACGUGGCGGCCGGAAGGCCUCCGCCGCCACCACCAUUCGUCGCUGGCGGCGGUCCAUUGGCUCCGCCUCCUGCCCCCGCGCCUCUCCCCACCGUCCCACCUCCCCCUCCGCCGCUCCCGCCCCUUCCCCCUUCUUCCGACGAGCCAAUGAUCCCCCCUCUCCCAGAGGACAAUCCCCCUCCUCCCCCCGACGAACCCGAGCCGAAGAGGCAGAAGCUGGAGGAAAUACAACUUGUGCCGGAGGAGCAGUUUCUCGCAGAUCACUCGGGCCCUUGCAGCAUCGUGGUGUCUGUGCCUGCUCUCGACAGGGAGGGCGAGGAGCACACAAGCAAUCUCAAGGGGCAGUCCAUCGAGGUGCAGCUGACCUCCCUCUCCGAGACUGUGGGCACGCUGAAGGGGAAGAUCGCUGCAGAGCUUGGUCUGCCUGCGAGCAAGCAAAAGCUCAGCAGCCGUGGGGGUUUCUUCAAGGACAACCUCACUCUGGCUUACUACAACGUUGCACCCGGCGAUAUCGUUUAUCUUGGAAUCAAGGAGCGCGGAGGGAGGAAGAAAUAGGAGGGUUCCAAUGGUCUUGCAGGUGGAAGAUUGGCGAAGGCGAUGUGUGGGGAUGUGUCGUCCUGUGCUUCUCUCUCUCUCCCUUUUUCUCCCCGUCUCUCGAUCAUCUUUCUCUGUCGAUAGCCAUGCAUUCGC